AUGGCCGGCGCGCCCGCCACCGACUCUGCCGCGGCGGCGACCGGCGCUGCGGCCGUGCCGCUGCUCCUGCCGCUCGAUGACGCCGUGGCGGGCGGAGGGUGCUGGGAGGACACCGCCAUCUCGCUGGGACUGGUGGGCGUGCAGCUGGCCAGCGCCGCGUACAUGGUGGUGCUGACGCCCGUGCUGGCUCUGGGGCUGGACCCGCUCUUCCUCAUCGCCUUCGGCAGCCUGUGCACCGGGAUCCUCACCGUCCCCUUCGCCGUCAAGCUCGAGAGGAAGAAAUGGCCGUCGGAGCUGACCAGCCGACUGUUUUUCCGGUUCGUCGUGCUGGCUCUGGGAGGGGUGACUGGAUUCCAGGCCCUGAUGCUGCAAGGCAUGAAGAUGACGUCCCCGGCCAUUGCUUCCGCCAUGCCCAACCUGGCGCCCGGCUUCAUCUUCGUCAUCUCCGGUUGUCUCGGGUUCGAGAGUGUUGAUCUGAAAUGCCGGUACACGAGAGCCAAGAUCCUGGGCACCGUGGUCUGCCUGGGGGGCGCCGUGGCCAUGAGUUUCCUGCAGAGCCCGGACGCCCGAUCGGGACACGUGCUGCCGCGAUCGGCGGACCCCGCCGUGAGCUGGGUGGUGGGCUGCGUGUGCCUCCUCGCCGCGGUGCUCGUGCUCUCGGGCACGAUCGUCAUGCAGGCGGCGACCAUGCUGCGCUUCCGGGCGCCGUUCACGCUCUGCUCCGUGACGUCGCUGAUCGGCGCGGCGCUGACGGCGGCGUUCCCGGUGGUCACGUCGGGGCGGCUCAGCCCCGGGACGCCCCAGAUCAGCCUCCAGAUCGUCCUCUCCCUCGUGUUCGUGGGAGGGGUGGUGAGCUCCGCGUGCAUUAUGUUCCAGACGUGGGCGCUGGAGAAGAAAGGCCCCGUCAUGGUCUCCAUGUUCAACCCCAUGCAGACUGUCGGCACCGCCAUAUUCUCGGUGCUCUUCCUUGGCGGCGCCAUGCAGCUAGGAAGCAUACUCGGGAUGGUCUUCCUCUUCUCCGGGCUGUACGUAGUUCUGUGGGCGAAGAAUAAAGAAUGUCAGGUUCUUGCUCCAGACAGGGUGGAAAAGAGUAAAACAGCGCACAACGACAUGGAGAAGGCCCUCUUGUUUUGA